UUUCUACAUCCUAGCUCCUUGUUCGAAAGAUAUAAGUUCCUCUGCAUGUCCCAUCAACAUGGAAGAAGGGCUGUUAUUCUGCACGGUCAUCUUCUCAUCUAGUGACUGCUCAGUUUCAAUAAAAGCCUCUUUUUAUCCUUCUAAUAUCUUUGAGUCGAGAUACAAUGGCGCCUCUUGCUCAUGACCCUUCGGGCUAUCUCAUGGAGCCGCCAGAGGGACAAACGAGAACUCUUGUUAACCCGCCGAGCAGUGGGAGCGGAGUUAUUCCUUGUGGUGUUACGACGACGAUCAUUGCUUCGAUUAUUGUUAUCUUGAGGGUCUUUACGAGGAGAUAUGUGGUUAAGAGUGUGUUGGGCGCUGAUGACUACUUGUGCAUAGCUAGUCUCUGUUUCUCUUUCAUCUUUCUCGGUAUCUCAUUAACACUUCUCAACCUUGGUGCUGGAAACCACAUGUGGGAUAUCCCAGUAGCCGAAUACGUUCCCAAGUUCUGGCAGACCAGCAUCGGAGCCACACUCACAUACGCUGCCAGCAUCAGUCUCGCCAAACUCUCUGUCCUCAGCUUCUAUCUUCGAAUCUCUCCUGAUAGAUUCGUCCGUCGAGCCGUCCAUGUCUUGAUGGCUCUCGUCUGCUCAUACACUUUCGUCUACGUCUGCCUCGUCGUGUUCCGAUGCCAGCCUGUAUCCGCAGGAUGGGACCUCACCAUCGAAGGAAAGUGUAUUGGCAUGGAUGUUCUAGUUAUCUUCCUGGUCAUCUGCAGUGUCGUCAUCGAUACUUUCGUUCUUUUGCUUCCGAUCCGCAUCGUCCAGCCUCUUCAGAUUCCAACUCGCCAAAAGAUCUCACUUGCUGUUCUCUUUGCCACUGGAGGCGUCAUCAUUGUCGUCACAAUCAGGAGGGCUACCAUCACUCUUCCCAUCUUGGAGGCACCCGACUAUACCUGGGCUCUUCCACGACAGCUUAUCUUGAGUUUCAUCGAGGUCAACACUAGCCUCGUCUGUGUUUCUAUCCCAGCUCUCAAACCAUUCUGUGUUCGAUAUAUCCCCUUCCUCAUCCACCCUCGCUUUCACUCGCAGGAGAAGAACUCAAAGAAGUCCAACUCGCACAGUCAAGAGAAGAGAAAGAGUCAUACCCUCGACAACGAUUCAUACGAGAUGCCUCAUAGACGAGACUUCAGUGGCGAGAACCCUCAAGAAGAUGAAACACGUCUUUGUCCCGCGAUACCAGAGAACAAUGCCGCUCUGGAGUCAGACGGUGCAAUAGACACCGAGAGCGUUGAUAGCUCAGCCGAUCAAGUACCCCCAGUAGCCGCCAAGCCAAAAACCUGCUCUAGCCAGUUUCUCUAACAAGCGCAGCCAGAGCGCUAAUGGCAUUCAAGUCACCCGGUAAACAGUCAUUACCUACGGACCCAAAGAUUAAUAGAAGGUUACUGCCCUAGCCAAGUGAAGGAUUUCCUAUCUUAUAAGCGCCGCGCCGCUCAAUAGAGCAUGUUAACACUCCAAGGAUGGUAUGGUGUCGGCUGAGUCCGAUCAGAGAGACGUUCAUGGAGGUAAUAAACACUUUUCAAUAGUGUCGAGAACAGGAGGCGCCGGCUGGUUCGAGCCCGAAAGAGUAGGCUGUUGGCAUCGGCCAAGCAUGCGGAUGCCAAUGCGGUACAUAAGCAUAGAAUCGAGACCUUAACGGAAGAAUCAUUUAGAGGAAUUUAGGAUCAGUCAAAGAUAGCGAGUUACAAUUCAACCUUUCAAUAACAAUAACACGUGUUCAGCAGCGUUAGAUUGUUUGUGUAUGUCUUAACUGACAAGGCUGU